UGUCAGGAAGUGGUAGAUCUGUUGAAGGGUGAAACUGAGUUAAAAACAAUUGAGUAUGGACAUUGAUCCUCCAUUACAAGUUUGCUACAAUGCCCUGAUGAAAGAUGAAGUGGAGGGUAAAAGUGGAAGAGUGGAGGAUGAGGUGGAGGAGACAUAUGAAGAUCUACCAGUGAUUGAUUUAGGGCUUCUAAAGAUGGGGAAUUUAGAGAGGGAGAAGUGCAAAAAGGAGAUAGUUGAAGCAGCAAGGAAUUGGGGUUUCUUUCAAGUAAUGAAUCAUGGGGUUCCUGAGAGGGCAUUGAAGGCGUUGUUGUAUGAGCAAAAGAAAGUGUUCUAUCACCCUUUUGCACACAAGAGUUUGGGAAACUUUCUAAAUUUGGGUGGAACUUACCGGUGGGGUAACCCUCUUGCCCUUUCUCCUUCUCAAAUUUCUUGGUCUGAAGCUUUUCAUAUAGCUGUUUUGGAUGUUUCAAGCUUGGAGGAGCAUGUCACCCUCAGAUCCACAAUGGAAACAGUUGCGAAGAAAUUUGGGAGCAUAGCAGAGAGCAUAGCAGAGAUUUUAGGGCAAAGUUUGGGGAUAAAAUGGAGUUACUUCAAAGAAAGAUGUGAGAAAGGAAAGAGCAGCCUUAGACUGAACAGAUACCCACCUUGUCCAUUUGCCUCCAAAGUGUAUGGCCUUAUUCCUCACACAGACAGCGAUUAUCUGACAAUACUUUAUCAAGCUCAUACCAGUGGUCUGCAGCUCAUGAGAGAUGGAACCUGGUUUCCUGUUAAACCUAACCCACAAUAUUUGCUUGUCAACAUCGGUGACUUACUUCAGGUUGUGAGCAAUGAUGUUUUCAAGAGCAUAAAACACAGAGUGGUUGCUUCUGAAGAAGAGAGAUUUUCGUUUGCAUAUUUCUACUGCCCAUCGGAAGAUGUGAUGAUUGAGAGCUGCAUGAAACCAAGCAUUUACAAGCAGUUCAGCUACAAAGAGUAUAGACAACAAAUAGAAAAAGAUGUGGAGAAAACAGGCAACAAAGUAGGGCUUUCAAGGUUUUUCUUGCACCACAUGUUGGAUUUUAAUUUGCUCAAUGAGUGAGGUAUCUAAUGUCAAUUCUAGGGACUCUAGCUAGCUAUGAGAAAGGCAAAAAUCCAAGUGCGAGGCUAUAUGGGUUUGUGUUAUUGUAUUCAAUAUUUUUACCAUAUCGUUUGUGUGAAGAUAUGAGUAGAAAUAUUCUAUGAGUUUAAAUUUAAUCUCUUCAUAAAUUUGUUAAUCGAGAAGAUUAAUAUUUAAUAAAAUGAUCAUAUGUCUCGU